CGCUUUUCCAUUGGGUUAACCAAUCAAAUGGCUGUAUCAACCGGUGGCCGGUUUUGUUCCAUGCCCGAGCGAUCCGCCAUUGCUCCACAUUGCUCUGAGAGAUCUGAGAGGUAAGAAGUAACUAUCUUUUAUACUUUUUAUUUGUAAACUUACAAAAAUUUAAAGCAUUACAGCUCGUUUAGCGGGAUUAAGACAGUACAGGACUUUGUUUUUACCUUAAUGUUGUGAAAUGUUAACAUUGUUUUAGCUAGCUAGCGUGCUGCUGCAUUAGCUACUGCUAACCAAUAUAUGCUUGUAUUUACGUAAUUUUUUAAAUGAACACCAUCCUGGUUGCAUUAAAAACCACAUGUAAGUAUUUAUUCAACCAUGUUGUUCAUCAUCACGAUCGUGCAUGUUUGUGCUCUGAUUAGUUUUAGCUUCACUUAUAGAAAAUCCAGCCAAUAACUGGGUUUGCUAAUUAGCUUUUGGCUAGUAGAAAAUGUGAGUGUUUGUUUCUCAUGUUGUUUAUUUCACAUAAGACAGGACAGCACGUCAUGUAAACUAAUAAUAACAUUAAUGAAAAUAAGAUAAUCUGUUACUGAUCAGCAGUUGCUAAGGUUUGGUAUGAACUGUAAACCUGGUUUUUCUGCAGCUUCUCAUCCAGUCUUUUGCUCCUUUAUUUAGAUGGAACAUCCAAAUUUUAAAAAGGCACAGAAUGGGACCCUGAUCCUCAGGGCUUCAGAUGCGGCAAAGGCCGUGGGACCCCAGAGGCAGGGGUACAGGGCCAAGCAGCCAGAGGAGGUGGAGGCAGAUGCAAGGGCCCACGUCGCCAGAGAGGGUGGUGAUGUCAACAACGCCACCCUCGUGCUGAGCCGGUGGAAGGUCCAGUUUGGGACCUACCAGGGCAAGACUUUCCACUGGCUCCUGCAGAAUGACGUGGGCUAUGCCGUGAUGCUGGUGGCUUCUCACCAGAAGGAGCGAGAGAGGACAGGCUCUCAGUCCCCUCUGAUGGCCAACAAGGACGCCUUCACCCGUUACUCCUUGGCGUACCCGGAGUUUGCUGAGGCGGUGCGGUUCCGGCAGGCGUUUGAGGAGGCGCGGGUGAAGUCCCUCCAGCCUGGUCAGGAGGGACAGGCCCUUGUUGGCUUUGGGGACUUCAAGUUUGAGAGCCUGCAGAGCCUGUACGACUCCAAGGACCCCAAAACGAUCCGGUUUGUCAACUACCUAAGGAGGGCGACGCCAGCUCCAGGCUCGCAGAUGGAGAACGCCGUCUGCUACGUGAAGAAGAGGGACAGACAGAGGGAGGGCGCUACUGCUGCAUCUGCCGCUGCCACCAGCACCACCUCCACCCCAGUGGCUGCCUCCACCUCCAGCAGCAGCAGAGUGUCUGUCUGUCCUUCUUACCAGAGGCCGAAGGCUGCUUCUCAAUUUGCAGCCUUUGUGUCUGGGCGGCGUUCUCUGUCUGCGGUGGAAAUGCAGGCAAAACUGAAAAAGAUGGUGGCCCCUAAGCCUGCAUUUCCACCCUCCUCAAGACCAGCUCGUCCACCCACAGCAUCUGGGGAGCCCAGUGAUGAAGAGCUGGUCCAGGCGGUAGUUGACCAAGGGCAACCCUCUGGAGUACAGGCACCUCUCCCGCUCCCUCCUCCUUCUCCUUCUCCGCCGCCUCCUGUGGCUGCAAAAAACCCGUCUGCGGGACGGGAGGAACCCACAGACGAGGAACUCCUGGAGGCCGCACAAGAAACUCCAGCGCUCCCUGCUGCAGUCCUCCCUCCCCCACCUCCUGCUGCCAGCUCUAAGUUGCUGCCUGAGUCCUGGCAGGCAGCUCUGACUGCCGAACAGCAGGAGUGGAUCGGCCGGGUGCUGUUCACCAGGGACCGUGCUGGGAGGCCGCGUCUCAUCACGGAGCUCAGUCCCUGGUGGUACCCUCCCCAGCCCCGGGCGGUCUACACUCAGCCUCCCGCCUCUCCCGACCCCUUCUUUGCAUGUCGGCUCUUCCUGUGGAUGCCUCACAGGAUGUGGCACCUGCAGCUGACAUGCCCCCAGCCUUUGUGCAGCGGCAUCCUGAUAAAGGCUGGGCUCUACAGGACCAUCCGGAGGGUCCUGGACAUCGACGGCUGGUAUCUCAUGGCCACUGAGUACCUGGAGUGCCGUCGAUGUAAGAAGAAGGUCGGAGGGUGGUCGCAGGGCAUCGUAAGGCAGCUGCCCCCCACCUACAGCUGCCAGUUUCCAGCUGUCCUCACGUACAAGCUGUCCUGUGACCAGAGGGUGGUUGCUAUGCUGAGAUCGCGCACUCUGGGCAACAGUGCCACUCAGCUGUGCAACACCCUGCGGGAGCAGCAUUCCGACGCCUGGAUGCGGAGAGCGAUUCAGUACAUCGGCGUCUGCGAGCAGUUCCUGGCCUUGGGUACCACGAGAGGGCAGAUCGCACUACCUCCCCAGAUGCCCCCUGUGCCCUCACCCGUCUGGCUGCUGACCGUUUACGGUUAUGACGUGCUGACGCGGCUGGACGAGUACAAGGCCAGGAUCACGUCCACCUUCGGAUCCAUCCUAAAGAUGGAUUCCACAAAGAAGGUGACGAAGAAGCUCGCAGGUGCCGCCUCUGGCACGGCCGCCUGGUCUACCAACGUGGGCAACGAGCACGGCCAGGUCCUCAUGAGCGUCCUCACUUGCUGCGAGGGCUCCGAGGGCCUGUCCAAGAUGGCGGCCGGACUGAUGAGGCGGUACCGAUUGGCCGAGGUACCUGCCCCCCAGCUCAUCUACGUGGACCGCGACUGCUGCAAACAGGACGGCGUGUCCAAGACGGCUGCCUUAUUUCCGGAGUGGGAACGGCUCAUUGUUCGGCUGGACAUCUGGCACCUGAUGCGCCGCUUCGCAUCAGGUGUCACCACAGAGAGCCACGAGCUGUAUCCCACCUUCAUGAGGCAGCUGUCUUACUGCAUCUUCGAGGUGGACGCCGAAGAUGCUCGCCGUCUCGUGGGAGCAAAGCGGUCCGAGCUGGAGGGGACGCACGGGAUGGUCAACCUGACGGACGCUGAUGUGAUCCAGCGGAUCAGCAAGGAGGAGUGGAGGCUCCACUGCCGCAGGAGGACGCGUGGAGCCGAGGAGUCGACGCUCCUCAUCCAAAACCUCCUGGACACCUUCAGAGGGCCCGCAGGACACAACACUCUGAACAUCCCGUUGCUAAACGCUCUCCGCAUCCAGGACAUCUGGGACACGCAGAGGCGCCACCUCAGCUGCAUCCAGGACCCCCCUGGCGUGCAGCUGUACACCCAGACGGGCAGUCUGCAGAAAGGAGGGGUCACACUGCCCGUCUAUCGCUGCGCGAGGGGCUCCACUUCCCUGGAGUCCUUCCAUCUCCACCUGAACCGCUUCAUCCCAGGAACGUCGGCCAGUGCCAAGUACUUCCAGGCGUUCCUGAUUGAUGGACUGGUCAGGUGGAACGAGGACCGCGCAGCGGCAGCUGAGCGACACAAGGCGCCUCUGCUGUCCUACAGUGGCCACCUCAGGCACGCCCUUAACCAGAAGAGCCAAAAGGUGUUUGGUCUUCAGAUGGUUAAGGACUUCACCAAGCCUGCUGCUUACACAGGUGAGCUCAUCGGAGUGGAGUACCUGUUCCAGCAGACAGGCCGCGUGCUUGAGGACGUCAGCAUGGACCCUGACGCUCCGGACGAGGCUGCUGCCGUCACCGGCCUGGACGAGGUGGACGAGGGCAUCCAGGAGGACGUGGGUGACUUUGUCGCUGCCUUCGUCCUUGACGUCCCGUCCACCAGCACCUCAGGAGCAGCCCGGUCAGGGGAUCCAGCUGUCGCACCCGGGUCUGAGCCAGCACAUCCUGCCGCCCCUCCCGAGGUCCCUGGAAGCCAGGCUCCUGAAGGAAACCACUCCUCUGAUUCAGAGGAGGAGAUCCAGGGUCCUGACGGCCAGCCAGGAUACCAGCAUGUCCUGAAGCUGGCUCAGGCCCUGGUGGAGCUCAGGAGUCUCCAGGGACUGUCUGACAGCAGGGUAGACAGACUCAUCGCGCUUUGGCAACGCCUGCCAGAGCGAGACAAACAACGGAUCGUCUACCCUAGCAGAUACCGGGAGAGGCAACCAAAGGGGCGGUUCAAGGCAGCGAAGGGGAAGGACACCUCCUGUCCAGGGGUAGUGAGUCUCCAGCGCUGCCUUGGAGGAGAACCCUCGGGCGCUGCAAAUUGGCCAGACGCCAGCCGUGUGGUGGAGGCCAUGUGCAGCCAGCUCUGCCAUCUGUACCCUGCGGCCAGUCGCGUGAACGGGGUCAGCAGGUCACGCUGGUUCCUAAUCUGCAACGACUACAUGGCCGUCAGACAGGUGGUGCUGAAUUGCCCGAGGCUGAUGGCUCAGACCCAGCUUCAGCUCUAUGAGCUGAACCAAAAGACCAUCUCUCAAUGGUUCAGCUAUAGACAGAAGAGGUGGGAGAAAGGUGUGCUGGAGCAGGGGACUGGUGCCGUUUCUGCUCCCACUUUCUCCCACCAGCCCAUCCCUUCUGCCAAAGGGCUGUCCUCCGUACAGGUGGGAAGAGGACAGCCCUUUAAUUACAACAUCCCUGAGGAGCAACAACCUGGUCCCUCCUCCAGGGGACUGCCGCCGUCACCGCUACCUCCACCUGCUCCUCAUCCCGGUCCCUCUACCAGCUGCAACCUCCCUCCUCCUUCUGCUCAGAGCCUGCACGUCAUUCAUCUAUUCAUGGGAUCCACUCCGCUGUCUCCUCCUGUUCUGACUGUACCUAGGACGACAGCAUUUAGGAGGAGGAAGGCAGCGGAGGCUGCUGCUGCUGCUGGCGUGCAGGCUCCCCCAUCAAAGACAGCCCGCCAGCAGUUCACCUGCAGCAAAUGUGGUCAGCCCAAGCGGCUGGACACUGGACACACCCGCAUUGCAGGUGUGUCCUACUGCGCAACUGUUGGCGGGAAGUCUGUGGAGGAGUGGAAGAAGGAGAUGAAGACCAAGACUGGAGGAGGGCCAGAAAAACAGUGACUUUUGGGGACAUUUGCUCAUUUUGGAACUUGUAAAUAUUGUAAAUAAUUUUUAGAUCAUCUUCAAUGUUUUUUUUAUUGUUUUUUUCAAUAUUAAAAUGAUACACACUUUAAA